AUGUCACACUCGGAACCCUUAUCUGAACCAUCUGGAACAUUCGUAUCUAUCAGCGAUGCUGGAGGAUCAUCGAGGAGUAAGAGGACAAAGACGGGUUGUCUCACUUGUCGGUUGAGGAAAAAGCGUUGUGACGAGGGGAAACCCGUCUGUGCUUGCUGCACCCGACUCGGACUUGAAUGUAUGGGAUACGAAGAGAAAAGACCGAGAUGGAUGAAUCAGAGGGAUGUCGUUACGAGGACUGCUGCGGAGUUGACCGAUACCAUCAAUCAAGUCAAGAGGGGUAAGAGGAGGUCAAUGUGGUGUGAACGAGCGUCAGAAUCAAUCAAAUCUUCUCAAGACACCGUCCCUAGCUCCUCUAGUCCAGUCGGAUCUCCUCCAACUGGGCGGCACCCUCCAGGACAAGUCAACAUUCCAUCGGCCCCGGAAUGUGGGGUCCAUACCACAUCCACAUCUAUCAAUCUGGAGUCGAAUCCUCUAUCUUCUAUCCCUCCCAUUCAUCCAAACAAGUCCACAGAGCAUACAUCCGUAUACAUGCCCAUCCCCACACUCUCCCCCUCAAACCCUCUCUCCGACUUAGACCUCGACCCGGAGUUUCUUUCCCUCCUUGGUUUCUCCCCUUCGUACCCUUUGCAGUAUCCACCAUUCCCAGGUACCCUCAUGUUCCCAUUCAUGAACAACCCUGCGGUCAAAGACCUCUCAGAUGAUACUCCAACUCCACGUCCCACACCCGAUAUCAGAUACUUUCAUCAUUACCUCGAGGUCGUCAUGCCCCUGCAGUACAAAUUCGACAUUCAGUCCAUUUCCAGUCUCGUCACUCCUCUCGCUUUCACACAUCCUGCAGUGUUCAGCUCUUUAUGCGCCAUUGCCGCAUUACACAUGUCUGCACAUCGGCGGAUCAAGGCGAUCUCGAACAAUCCUCAGAUUGAUAAUCGUCGCGAGGAUCUCUCACGCCCGUAUCUCACGUCCCGCGUCUCAACACGGCUACGACCGGAAAUCCCUACGAGAAUGAAAGAGGCCACGACGGAUGAUGAGGAUCUAAAAUUUGCUAGACAAGCUAUAAACUCCACCAUUGAAGAACUACGGGUGACACCGUCAGCGGAGAUGACUUCGGAUAAGGCUGUAGUCGCCGCUAUCACCGCUUCAAGCUUUUACUUGUUUGAUGGAGGGAAUAAGAAAGGGUGGAGGGAGACAGCGGGACAUGUGAGGAGAUGUUGGUAUGGGCUGUUGACAACCGCCAAGUUGCGAGGACAGAUGAGUGGUUGCUCCACACUUGACGUCGGAUACCUCAGCGAACGCCUCGGUCACCUCAUCAACGCAGUCAUAUGGACAGAUAUCCUCGUCUCUGUCACCGACGGUAAGUCUACAGAGUCUCUCGAGGCCUACAGGACUCUAUUGCUCGAUGAUCAUAUGGGAGAUGACAAGACGUCGAGAAUGCUGAGAGAGUCGGUGAUGGGUUGCGAUAGUACCACUCGCGAGAGACAUUUGUUCAGCUCUGAAGAUGCGUUAACGGUGGAGAGGAGAUGUGUGAGCGAUGUGUUUUAUCAUGGUGUUAGAGUGUUUCUGGCUGUUGUGGUGAAUGGGUCGUUUCCUGCUGUCCCUGAGAUUGCCUCAGCGGUCCAAGACACACUUACCUCGCUCCUCAUUCUCGACUCUUUACCUCAAACCACCGCAGAUCGAGCAUUGAUCUUCCCUAUCGUCAUGGCGGGCUGUCACACUUCCGACCCGAGUCUUCAAGAUGUAUUCCGAAAUCGAUUCCGACGGUUGGGGGACGAAGGUAGUGUGUUUGGGAACACCGCUACGGCCACGAGGUUGAUGGAGGAGGUAUGGGUGCGAAGGGGGAGGGUGGAGAGGGGAAAAGAAGUGGGAUGGAGGGAAGUCAUGUUUGAUUUGUAUGAUGAGGGGAUGUUGUUGAUUUGA